CUAUUUCAAGUUGGCCGACACGGACCCAUCUGAAUUGUACCCGAGCUCAUCACAUGCUUCGAUCAUCCUGUCUGUAUUUUUAACGUGACGAAGCGGGUGAUAACACUAAGAAAUCCCUCGCUGAAGCUUAGGCAACCGACGCCAAGGGUUUAGGAUUCAUGAGUGAGAAUCUUUAUAUAGUUGAAGUAUAUAACCUUUCACCAAAUGCAACCGAGAGAGAUCUUUAUGACUUCUUCUCUUUUUCUGGUGUUAUUGAGCACAUAGAGAUUAUCAGAUCAGGAGAUUAUGGUUCUACGGGGUAUGUAACAUUUAAAGAACCUCAUGCCUUGGAAACUGCAGUUUUGCUCAGUGGUGCAACCAUAAUAGAUCAACAAGUGUGCAUAGCUCGCUGGGGGCACCAUGAAGAAUCUUCGAGCUUUUGGGACCAGCAUUCAUGGAGAGUGGAUGAUAAUGAGACAAUGCAGGCACAUGAGGAUCACUUCACCACCACACCAAGAGAGGCCAUAAGCAUGGCACAAGAGGUGGUGAAGACAAUGAUAGCAAAAGGAUAUGUCCUCGGCAAAGAUGCCUUGUCCAAGGCAAAGGCCUACGACGAAUCCUACCAAGUCUCUGCCACCGCUGCAUCCAAGGUUGCUGACAUGAGCAGAAGGAUUGGUCUCACUGAUAAGAUAAAUGCUGGAGUGGACGCCAUUUGCUCAAUUGAUGAGAGAUAUCACGUAAUGGACACAACAAAGACUGUGUUAUCUGCAACUGGAAGAACUGCAGCUGCUGUCGGUAACUCCAUUGUUAACAGUAGCUACUUCUCUGCUGGAGCUCUCUUGGUUUCUGAUGCUCUCAGCAGAGCUGCUAAGGCUGCAGCAGAUCUCAGCGAAAGGGGUGCUAGACAUUGAAGCCUUUUAUAAAUAGUAAGUGUUUAUUGAAUAAUACAUGUAGAUAAUGUGUUAAAUGCUGUAGAAGCUUUUGUUAUGGACCUUAAUAAAUGAAGGCAUGAUUUAUAGAAAUAGCCCCUGUUAAAGCCACAUUUUGCUUCUUAAAUUUGUCAAGAAACUAUGUUGUUUGGAUUUGGUUUUUGUGUUUGUAAUUACUGAAUUUUAACUUUUAUUUUCACCUGCAA